GUCGAAGGUGUGCGCGUGCGUGCUGCUCGCGCGCAAACUUCCAAGCGCCCAGCCCUCCUCUGCAGCUCGUGGACUCAUCCCUCCUAACAACACCUCUCAGUCGGGACCAUCAUCCAGAGAGGGCGGGCGGCAGCUCUGUAAACACACCGGGAACUUGUCAGCUGCUCCGGGACAACGACACAAGGACGAUAACAUAAAAUAAAAUAAAUAAAUUAGCAUUCUGUGUAGAAGGAAGCACGUCGGCUGCUGUUGCUUCUGCCACUGAAGCAGGAAGGGGGUUUUAGGAGCACUUUACUGGCGAGCGAACUACCCCGGCACCUUACGGGCCAGGCAGAAGAGAGCAGAACCAAACAGCCGAAAGGGGAACCAAGUAGGGCGGUUCUUUUACUGGGUGAAGAGAUGGCGUCUACCGACUCACGGCUCCAUCAGCCUCCCUCGCAGAAAGACGCGGCCGACCAAAACUUCGACUACAUGUUCAAGCUGCUGAUCAUCGGGAACAGCAGCGUCGGAAAGACCUCCUUCCUGUUCCGCUACGCCGACGAUUCCUUCACCCCCGCCUUCGUCAGCACGGUGGGCAUCGACUUCAAGGUCAAAACCGUCUUCCGCAACAACAAGCGGAUCAAGUUGCAGAUUUGGGACACAGCAGGACAGGAGCGCUACAGAACCAUCACUACAGCGUACUACAGAGGAGCCAUGGGCUUCCUGCUCAUGUAUGACGUCUCUAACCAGGACUCCUUCGGUGCAGUGCAGGACUGGGCGACACAGAUCAAGACGUACUCAUGGGACAACGCUCAGGUCAUCCUGGUUGGUAACAAGUGUGACCUUGAGGAUGAAAGGGUCAUAGCCACAGAGGACGGCCAGCGGCUGGCUGAAGAGCUCGGCUUCCGUUUCUUCGAGGCCAGCGCCAAGGACAACAUCAACGUCAAGCAGGUGUUCGAGUGUCUAGUCGACAUUAUCUGUGACAAGAUGAACGAGACCAUGGAGGAAGAGAGCAACCUCACAGCCAACCACAUGACCCACGGCUUUAAAGACUCUUCAGAAAGCAACGGUGCCUGCGCCUGCUAAGCAACGGGCCUUUUUAGAAAGUCUCCAAUCACACACACACGUACACUGAUAUGAAGAACAACUUCCACUCUGUGUCUGGACUGUGGAAAGUGCUACAGAGCCAGUUGGCUAAGUGGCUAACUGAGACGGUCUUGGUUUGGCCUCUCCUACAGGGCUGUCGUUUUCCGUAAAAUGAAGCGUUUCGUUCCAUCUCUGUUCUUUUUCUCUCUCUCUUUUUUUUUUUUGGUAUAAUAAUUUAUAACUGUGUUCUGAAGCCUCUCGAAGUUUCAACAUCCUGGGCUAAUCAGCGUUUAAUAUUUCCAGUGCCUGCUUUGUGGAUUUGGUUUUCUCACCAUCAGGAAACCACCGCACACCGAUCUAAAGAUUGACUCAUCCGACAGCACUUGUACCACAAUAAUAUAUAUACCUUUUAUUUAAUAUGUAUUUUAUAGGGAAAUAAAUGUAAACCUCAUAAUGUACCAAAGUCACUUUACCUUGUGGAUUUUAACAUCUGCCAAUAUAAGAUUUGCAUUGAUUUGAUUGACUUUUUUUUUUUUUACAGACGUGUGGAGAAAAUACAAUAAAGAAAAUACAAUAACUGUACAGAUGUAGAUAAAUCUGUUGGCACCAAUGGUAAAGCUGAGUAUGAAAAAUUUAAUAAAAUAAAUCUUUUAUCACAGCAAAAAUCCAACCUACAUUUCUGUUUCAGAAAAUGUUU